ACUUGUCAGUAUAUUGACAUCGGUCCAAUGUGGCCAAUAGAAGGAACACUGAAUAUAUGGGCGGGUUUUUUUUGUGAAAAUCUGGACCCAGCAAAUUAGCUCAAUUCGCGCGAAACUCAAGAAUGGUUGCGUGAAAGACCGUGAGAAACAAUGGCGACGGGGCGCGCAAGCGACAACACGGUUCAGGAGCUUGAUUUCUCCAGCUGCGGAGAGGACGGUAGCGAUAGCAGCUCGGACGACUGGGAGACCAGGAUCACCCGAAGCCCGGAAUCAAUUUGCAGGACACCCAAAAUAUCGCGUCAUCGCUCCCGGCGCGACGCGACUCCCUCUGAAUUUCCGACCACACCUUUACGCUGCGCGUGGAAAAAGCUCAGACUGUGCGAUUCACCCAGCACGCCCAAGAGCCUGCUUUCCAAGUCUGCCCUGUCCAACUCCGUUAGCAAGCCAUGCAGUAGUCAGAGGUCUCUGCACUUCACCGGGGCUAGUGAACCCACCCGCCAUAGCCCAGCGCCCUCUGUCAAUGUGAACCCCUUCACUCCCAACACAUUCCGCAAAGCCAGUGAGACCCUCAAGAGGAAGGGUUGGAGGAGCGAUGAAGAUGAUCAACUUGGGGACAAAGAAGACCAUACGUCGUCAGAUGAGGACGAUGAAACAUUUCUCCCAUCGAAGAGGCCGGCUGUGCAAGCCUCCAUGUUGUCGCGUUACGAGAGCGAGUUCCUGGAGCUGGGUCGCAUUGGCAUAGGGGAGUUUGGCGCUGUGUACAAAUGUGUGAAGAGGUUGGACGGCUGUCUGUACGCCAUCAAGCGUUCCCGCCGCCCGCUUGCUGGUUCAGCCAAUGAGCAGCUGGCCCUAAAGGAGGUGUACGCCCAUGCUGUGCUAGGUCAUCACCCGCAUGUAGUGCGCUACUACUCCGCAUGGGCAGAGGAUGAUCACAUGAUCAUCCAGAACGAGUACUGUGAUGGUGGGAGCCUCCAUGAUGCAAUAACAAAAAAGGAAAAGCUGGGGGCGCUGUUCCUGGAGCCGGAGCUUAUGGACCUGCUGCUCCAAGUCUCUAUGGGCCUGAAGUACAUCCACAGCUCUGGGCUAGUGCAUCUUGACAUUAAACCCAGUAACAUAUUCAUCUGUCAACGGCUCCCUGCGAACACUGGUGGUGAAGGAGAGAGUGAGGAAGAGGAAGAUGGGAGCCUAUCCACAGCGGUGCUUUAUAAAAUUGGUGACCUUGGUCAUGUGACAUCCAGCAGCAGCCCACAGGUUGAGGAAGGGGACAGUCGUUUCCUGGCCAGCGAGGUUCUGCGUGAGGACUACACCCACCUGCCCAAAGCGGACAUCUUUGCCCUGGGCCUGACAUUGCUGCUGGCAGGCGGUGCGCCACCACUGCCAUCUAAUGGAGAAGAGUGGCAUAGGCUGCGUCAGGCCCAGCUGCCUGUUCUAUCCCAGAAGCUUUCACCUGCCUUUCAAAGCCUAAUCCAGAUGCUGCUGCACCCUGAGCCACACUUACGUCCCUCUGCCUCAGCGCUGUGCAGACAUCCCCUCCUGCGUAGGGAAAGUGCCAAGAAAAUCGCUUCACAGCUGCGCAAGGAGCUCAACGUGGAGAAGUUCAGGACUGCCAUGCUGGAGAGAGAGCUGAAGGAGGCCCGUAUGGCAGCUCUGUCCCCACAGCAACCCUUCCACUCAUUGGUGCAGCAGUUCUCUGCUCAUGGUGGUUCACUCCCCAGAACGGGCAACAGAGUGGUUGGGAAAAAUGCUGCCAGGUCUAUGAGCUUUGGCUGCCCAGGGUACUGACCCAAAACGGACCAUAGCAUGCUGCCCCUCUUUCAACCUGACAGGACAUAUGCCUCUGUGAAGCCCAUAUCAUGACCGUGAGAAGCCUGGACACAGCACUGCACACACUAGCAGGAGAGGGGACUGUUUGCUUGUGUGUCUACAUGCCAGCUUUCCACAGAUACCUGAGUGAGGUUAAAUCCACCUGUAGCAACGUGAGCACCGUGCAGAGCACUGAUGAGUGCGUCCUUCUCUUUCUGUAACUCUUUACAUGGACGGACUGGAGCACAGCAGGGUCCAGUGGAGAUGGAGGCCAGGAAUAGGGCGAGGAUGGAGUGGGAGAAGGCAGAAUGCUGGCUGGCAGAUAACCUGGAUAAAAAGCAUAAACUUUUAUGGCAGAUGCUCAUUUAUGUUCGGUUUACCAUUAGUGCCAAACAGGUUUUGUCCAUCUACCAUUUUAAUGAGUGACCUUGCUUCUUGCUCCUGUUUGUAAGAGUAAUGUUCCUCUAGUGUAAAGUGGCAAGAAAUGUUAUACUUGUACCUCCACAUCUCCAGACUGUAAUCCUCCAAUGCCGCCUCCUGGUUUGCAGUGUAUUGUGCAGCAGCUGGGCCAGCAGUGGUUUGCGCUGCAAUGUGGGCAAAUUUGGAGACUGCUCUGACCAUGACAGCAACUCACACUGCAGAAUACGUUGCACUGUGGAAUGGCUCUUGAGAGUAUCAGUUAAGUGAUGUCUUUUUUAAACUGUGUUUUUAAAUGGGCUGUUAAUUUCUGUAACUGUAAAUAAAAGUUUUAAGUUUGUUUUUAAA